AUGAGCAGCGGCCGCGUGGGCGACAGGAUCGCCAUCCCGGCGGCCGGCACGGCCCGGCGCCGGCGGCGAGACCCGACGACCGGGCCGGAAUCGCCGGUCUACCUUGAGGGCAGCCGUUGGUCGCUGUCGCCGGCCUACCAACCGAGCCGCCGUCGUCGUCACGACGAGGAAGGGUACUCUCGCCGCCGCGGCCGCAGCCGGAGCAACAGCCCCCGCCGACGUCGUCGUCGUCGGCCAAGAAGCUGCCGGAGCCGCAGCCGCACACGCAGCUACGAGUGCGAGGACAGCCGGUGCUGCCACACGAGGCCGUCGCCGCGCUCCGACGACAGGGAAGACGACGACGACGAGCAGGAUGGGUCGUGGUACCAUCCCCCUGCGGAUAACGAGUUCACCGUCCGCAUCGACGGCAUCGGCGCCGACGACGGCAUCUUCCGGUGCGACGGAUGCUUCGCCAUGCUCUCCUCUCCCAUCUACGAGUGUGCGAACGGGGAUGUCAUCUGCGAGAGAUGCAGCUACGACGACGGCGGCGCCAGGGUGUGCAGGAAAUGCGGGACGAUGGAGCUCGCCCGCAGCCGCGCCAUCGGCCACCUGCUCCGGUGCAUCCGGUUCGCGUGCAAGAACCGCAGGUACGGGUGCCCGUCGUUCCUCCCGCGGCAGGACAUGGACGAGCACGAGCUCUCGUGCGACCACGAGCCCUGCUUCUGCCCGAUCCGCCGCUGCGGCUUCGCCGGCGCCGCCGACUCCCUGGCGCGCCACCUGACCGCGCGGCACGGCUGGGGCCGCCUCCGCGUCGCGUACGGGGAGGCGGCGGUGGUGCCCGUCCAGUCGCCGACCAUCCUCCGCGCCGACGACGGGAGGAUCUUCCACCUCAGCUGCACGCGGGAGCGCGGCGGCGGCGGCGGCACCGCCAUGUCCAUGGUGUGCAUCCGCCCCGACCACGUCGCCGGCGCCGAGGAGGAGUUCACCUACGAGGUGAGGACGGCGUGCCAGCGGCUGCAGAUGCAGGCGGCGGUGGAGGGCACGUCGCUCCGGUACGGGAUGAAGGACGCGGUCCAGGCCAGGGUGACCGUGCCCGAUGACAUGCUGCUCCGGCAGGGCGACGCCGUCCAGGUGUUCGUCCGAAAGGCGACGUCCGCCGCCGGCGCCGCCAAUAACAACUGAAAUCUCUAUCAAUUACUAGCUUCUGUUGCAUGUUUCUUUUACUCGAUCAGAUCAGUAGCAUUUUCAUGUGUUAGCGAUGUGCGGUGCACACAAAAUAGAUAUUGAAGCUCUAUGUGGCGAGAUAUAUUUUUAGACUAUAUUUGUUUAACACAGCUUCAG